CUGGGAUUAUCGAUAGAAGUACUUUAUCUGUCGCAUGUCACUUUACUUUGUUGUAAACGGAAGGUUAAAAUAAAAAAAGAGUUGCUAAAAAUGACAGACUCGAUGAAAUUUGGUCCAGAAUGGUUGCGUAACAUGUCCGCGGAGCCUUUACCAGCCACCAACAGCAGCAACAAUGGAGCUGGUGGAGGAGGGAGUGGCUUGGGAUCCGGAGCCGCAACAAAUAGCGCUUUCGCCACACACAGCAAUACGAGCACGACAAUUGGAUCCAAUUCACGAAAUCUGUUUCCGGAGUAUCGGUAUGGGAGGGAAGAGAUGUUAUCUUUAUUCGAUCGGAACUGUUUGUUGCCACAAAUUUUACCCUCCUUCAAAAAACUUUUCGUGGAAAAGGUUCAGUAUCCACUUGCAUUGACUCCCAGUUCCGAGGACGAACUCAAUAGUCAGAUUUCAAUUGGAAGUAACUCUCGUCCUGCUUGGUUGCAGCGGUCGACGGGGGGAUUUGGAACAACAUCACGUGGCACUGGACGCGGAGGAGCAGUUGAUCGUGGGCGGAUGCGCGGAAAAUCGAUUUACCAUCCAAUUUUCCAGAGAUCAACAGGAAUCUAUGAUGAAGGGGGCCUGUCGUCCAUAUCUAUGAAACCUGAACGCAACUGGAGUGAACGCAAUGGAACCGGCGAUUCAGUUGCAAUAGGCCCCUCUACUGGCGGUCCAAUUGGUGCAGGAGGGGGUAUCGGUGUGGAUUGGAACGGUACUCCAAACUCCAGUCCUCGUAAGGAAUUCUCCAGUCAUCAUCGCAACAUGGAGAAUUGGCGACGAAGCCGCAACGAAGAUGGUUCUGGCGAUGGACCUGGUGCGACUGGUAGCGGGAGCGUUGGAGGCAGCGGUAUUUCAGGCGCUGAAGUGGCUGGUUGGCGCAGUAGCGGCGGUGGUGGAACGUCGACCAAUAAUGCAAGUUUUGCGAGCAACACGCAUCGCUGGGGACGGUCUACAAGUUGGCGCGACGAAGAGCUUAAUAUAGACAGCUCGGCGGGUAAUAUUCAGCGUUCUAUUUCAACGAUCGGAACGAUCAGCAACGAUCGAGACCGUGUGGCAGGUGGAGGUGGCGCGAAAUCGACUGGAACGGGUGUCGGCGGAACAGGUGCUUCAAAUGACAAUUCUCGGCAACUAAUGAGCUCGAAGGGAAAUCAGUCGUGGGCGGGGUGUGGCAGCGGUGGCCCUGAUGCCGAGGACAAUUUACCAGAAUGGGCCAUGGAGAACCCGUCGGAAUUGGGGGGUACAUUUGAUGCCAGCGGUGCGUUUCAUGGUGACGGCGACAAACAUGAGCGGGGAGGCGGUGUUGCUAUUGGAAAAACUGUCCAAAUCAGACCACAGGCGGAUCCAAAAGAAAAGUUAAUGAAAAGUUCGAUAGAGGGGAGCAAUGAUGAGCAAUAUACUGUAUCUGACGGAGAAGAUGAGGCUAACAGUCAAGAUCCAAAAACAACUGCAGAAAGCAUCGGAAGCGGCGGCGGCAAUGGUACAGAGCCCAUUUCAGCUAUCUCCAAUCUUCGCAUUGAUGACAGCGCAACGGACUCUCCAACGGAAUCUAUUGUCCAUGGUGAUAUAUCUGAGCGCUUUAAAGAAGUAGCAGAUGAAGUUGAAAAGCUAAUUAUGGAUGAUGAUAUUAGCGUGUCUCAAAAUCAGAUGCGUGGACUGAACGAGAUUGAAAUGAAUAUGAGGCAGCAUCCUCCUAUUGGAAUGCAAUGUACUGCUCCCGGUACAGCCACAGCUCAACAUCAUCAACAGCCGAUACCAUUUUCCGAUCAACUAACGAUACAGCAGCAUCAUCAACAUCAUCUUCAACAACAACAUUUGGCCAUGCUUACCCCCACGUCCCAUAUGAUGAAUGCCAAUGCAAAUGAUUUGUGGUUCUAUCGGGAUCCGCAAGCGAAUGUUCAAGGUCCAUUCAGUGCCAUUGAGAUGACAGAGUGGUAUCGGGCUGGUUACUUUAACGAAAACCUAUUUGUUCGACGUUUUUCAGACAAUCGUUUCAGACCACUUGGCGAACUGAUCAAGCUAUGCCACGGCAACAUGCCAUUCACCAAUAGCCAUCUACUCCCAUCGCGGCUGGAUGUGGAUAACUUGCAGUUGCCGGGUAUUGCAGCACCAGUUCCCGUUACCAUUCCUGUUCGCCCGUCAUCGGAAGAGCAGCAUCUGCAGCUUAAAGCAAACGUGACAGCUGCAGCUGAUUCAUUGAGCGCUGCUAUUAAGGGCAUCCACAUAGGAGGUGGUUCAGCUGGGCACGCUAUAGACAAUACCACAUCCCACAUGCUUACCAUGCGGUUCCAGAUGCUUCAAGAUCAAUACAUUCAACACCAAGAAUAUCAAAUACUUGCUGACCUGUCAAAGAAUGAAUGUUUCCAGCGUCUGUCAGCCAUUGAGCGAGAGGCUGUGGUUAGGCGUAAGGUUCAGAUGCUUGUGCUGCCCGAAUAUCUAAGCAGUUUUAGUGGUCUGAGCAAUUCGUUGGCUGUCCUUAAUCCAAUAGCUGGAAGUCAAUUGUACGACGCCAUCGCAGAGCAGGCUAAAAAAGAUCAGCAGUUGCCGCCUGUGAGUAAUUUGCUGGAGGCUAAUGACUUCAUUGUCAACGCUCAAUUAAUGCAUCAGCAAGCACAAGCCCAAGUGCAGGGCCAAAACCAGGUACCACAACCACCGGCCAGUGACCCAGAUAAACUUCACGAUUUGCCCGGAGGAAGUGAACUGGAUCUUUUAAAUGAAUUUAACUUGAGAAUGCUAUUGCGCGGUCAAUCCAGUGUCGGUCAACAGCAGCAGCAGCCACCACCGGCGCCUGUCCCAGCCAAUCCAUCGUCGGACUUUAUGACCGAAUCCCAGCUAAUGGCAAAUCAAAAUCUUGUAAUGCCGAUGUGGUUGCCUUCCGACCACACUCCGACACAACCGCAGCCAAACCAGCAAUGGCCUGGAAUGCCAAACGCGAAGGUGACUUUAUGGGACGUUGCUGCUUUGGAGGAAGAGCAGACUCAGCAGCAGCAAUUAAUUCAGCAGCAAAACGUGCAGCAACAAUGUAAUUCUGUACCGGGGCCAAUUUCAUCGAUAGAAACACCCAACCAAAUUCAGGUCAAUAAUAACCAAGCCCACCAGGACGAACUCAAAGCGGAAGACUCCAGGCAAGUCUGCGAAGAUUUAGAGCAACGCAAGGAUCAGCAAUCAGCACCAGAGUCUGAGCUUAGUGCCAAUCAGUGCAGUAAGCAGCUUCUACUACCAAGUCAGGCUUCCAAACAGCAGCAACCUCAACAACCCAUAUUAAAAGUCACUGAGGAAGAUCGCCGGCGCGAACAAGUCGAGGAGAAGCGCCGUCUUAAGGAAGAACGUAAGCGACUGCAAAUCGAGGAAGAGAAACGACGUGCCCUUCAAGUAGAAGAAGAGCGAAGCCGCGAAAUUCAAGAAGAACGUGAGCGUCAGCAGCAAAUUCAAGCUCAACGGCGAAAGGCAUUGUUAGGCAACAGUGCUCCAGUCGCAUCUCCAAUAUCAGGUGUUGGAACUGGAACUAGCACGAAGCAACAAGUCUCUAGUAAGCCAGGUAUUGGUUCUGACAGAGAACGAGCACCAGCUUCUUCGAUUGCCCCAUGGUCGCUGCAGGCACCCAAUGCUAAUAACGCUGCUCCAGGUCUAGCAGAAAUACAAAAGGCGGAACGUCGUGAGCGACGUGCAGAUCAGCAGCGACAACAGGAGCAAUUGGACAAGCAGAUGCGCGCAACGGCUGCUGCUGUGGCUGAAGCAAAUGACGCUCUUUUGAAAUGGCAGUCAGCACCAGUACAGGCCCCAGUUAUGAGUCUAGCUGAAAUUCAAGCCGAAGAAGCAAAGCGGUUGGCCACCGAACUUUUGGAACAGCAGCGUCGCCGAGAGCUCGAACAACAGCAAUCUACUCUGUCAGCCAACGCCGGAGUAGCUGGCGGAUUGUCUAACAUAUGGGGCCAUUCGAGCAAGGCUUGGAGCGGCACUGCAAGCGGCAGUUCGCUGACUGCGUCUACAUCUAUGAGUUUUUGGGAUGAAUCCAAGCAUAGUGCACCGGUGGUUGCUAGUGGCACGGGUCCCGCAACAGUUGCAGCUGUUUUAGCAGCUGGUCUUCAACCGGUAAACAAAUCGCAGUCGAAAUCAGUAACCGCCGUUUUGCCGGCAUCUCGCAAUUUGCGGAAGAGCCAGACUUUGCCGUCAAUGCAGAAUGUAAAUCUUGUAGGAAAAGCCGGAAAAACUGCCAUGGGGCACGCCCAGGAAAAGACCAAGGUCGCUCAGAGCAAACCAGGGGCCAAGAUAGCCACCAUUGGAACGGAGGAAAGCAAAGAGAAGAAACCAAGUACGAAGGGCAACCAACAAGGCAACGAUCUUGAAAGUGAGUUUACCGGUUGGUGUACAAAGAGCCUGGAAAACAUGUCGGCAAAGGUGGACGUUCCAACGUUUGUGGCCUUCUUGCAGGACCUGGAGGCGCCUUACGAAGUGAAGGAUUAUGUGCGCAUAUAUCUUGGAGAAGGCAAAGAGUCAGCUGAUUUUGCAAAGCAGUUUUUGGAGCGGCGCAGCAAAUACAAGAAUUUGCAGCGUGCACAAUAUGCACAUAACGAUGAUAUGUGCAAACCAGCGCCAGCAAUAACGCCGUCAAGCAACGAUAACACCGACAACAAGAACAAGCAGAAGAAAAUUAAAAAAAAUAAGAUGACCAAGAUGGAUGCACGCAUCCUCGGAUUUUCGGUAACAGCCGCAGAAGGCCGUAUUAAUGUUGGUGUUCGUGACUUUGUCGAUGCUCCGUAACAUUUCUGGAAAGGACCACCUUACCGAAUGAAUUGCCCUGCUAACUACAAAUCUGGGCUGAACGGCAGAUCAUAAUUAAAGUUAAAAAUAUAAAUAAGUCGUCGGAUGAAAGAAUUCAAAUGAAUGUGGAAUGAAAUCUGUUAUAAAUAAACAAUUGAAUGAAAUCUA